GGGAUGCCGGCAGGACAGGGGGCGUCUGAGAGGUCGAAGUGACGGCGCUGCGGGCUGGGGGGAGAAGUGCGCUCCCGCUGCCCGAGGGCCAGGUGCUGCUGGCCAGUACCCUCAGAAAAGCAGCCAUCUCCCCAGCCCACCAUGGCGGACGAAAUUGAUUUCACUACUGGAGAUGCUGGGGCUUCCAGCACUUACCCUAUGCAGUGUUCGGCCCUGCGCAAAAACGGCUUCGUGGUGCUCAAAGGACGACCAUGCAAAAUAGUGGAGAUGUCAACUUCCAAAACUGGAAAGCACGGUCAUGCGAAGGUUCACCUUGUUGGAAUUGAUAUUUUCACGGGCAAAAAAUAUGAGGAUAUUUGCCCUUCUACUCACAACAUGGAUGUUCCAAAUAUUAAGAGAAAUGAUUAUCAACUGAUAUGCAUUCAGGAUGGUUACCUUUCCCUGCUGACAGAAACUGGUGAAGUUCGUGAGGAUCUUAAGCUGCCAGAAGGUGAACUAGGCAAAGAAAUAGAAGGAAAAUAUAAUGCAGGUGAAGAUGUACAGGUGUCUGUCAUGUGUGCAAUGAGUGAAGAAUGUGCUGUAGCCAUAAAGCCCUGCAAAUAAAUGGGAACAUCAGGCAUGAGCAAAAUGUUUAGGUCUGGAUCAACUGCAGAUCUAAAGUUUGGUUCUAAGUUGUCACCAAAGCUAUGGCGUUCAUAAGCAACCUCAUUUCUUUUUUGAUUGUUUUGAAAUUGUGCUGAGUUAGUUUUGCAGGCAAUUCGUAAUUUUAAAAAAUGAUCAAGAUGUAUAAUUCUUUUUUUUAAAUUUGGUAGGUAUCUUUCCUAUAACUUUCCUGUGGUUUUCAGUAUGUAAGUCUAAGAAACAGACAAGAUAGCUUCAGCAGAUGUGAUUUGUCUGAGCAAAUCAUUCCUAAAUUUUAGUUAAAUGAUAAAUAAACCAGGGUUUUAAAUCAAACAAUGUAGCAUCUAGUGGUAUUGAAGCACCACAAUUAAGUUGAAUGGCUCUGCGUUAAUUUCAAACUUAAUACCAUAGAACAAGUAGAUUAUGGAUUGUAAUUGUCAGAGUUUCAGCAUGGGUGUGGCAAGUACAGAUCCUUAAACAAAAAUCAUGUUAUCAAAAAGUGCCAGUUAUCUUAGUAGCCAUGUGCAGCCCACCUGUAUUACCUCAGUCAUUCUGUUCUUUGCCAAAUUGCUGGUACACUUAAUAUAGCCUAUAUUAUGGUGAUUUUAGUAUUUUCUUGUGGUUGACAGAGGCAUUAAACUGUUUUGUGACUGUUAGCAAGUCAUAUUGUAAGGAAGACACAAAGGACAGUGGCAAAGGAUGUUGGUUAAAGCUAUUGGUUUUUAUUUGUGGCCUUUGUAGUCAACAUAAAAAUAGGAAGUUUCCAUUUGUGUUUUUGCCUUUAACUCUUGUUUUUUCUCUCUCUUUAUUUAAAGGAGUGACAAGCUUUACAGGAUACUAUGCAGUACUUUUUAUCAAUUAUGUUGAAUAAACGUUGGUAUUUGUAGUAGUCACUCCUUUUCAGCCAUUUUUAAGUAGACUUUUUUUUUUUUUUUUUUUGUGGUACGCGGGCCUCUCACUGUUGUGGCCUCUCCCGUUGCGGAGCACAGGCUCCGGACAUGCAGUCUCAGUGGCCAUGGCUCACGGGCCCAGCCGCUCUGCGGCAUGUGGGAUCUUCCCAGACCGGGGCACGAACCCGUGUCCCCUGCAUCGGCAGGCAGACUCUCAACCACUGCGCCACCAGGGAAGCCCAAGUAGACUUUUUUGACAUCAAAAUAUUUGUUAGACAAAACUGGAAAUUCUUACUUUAAAUUGAUUUGGAACAUUUGUUAAAUUUAUGUAUGUUUUUUCUAACAUGAAAGUGAAUCAUAGAAGAAAAGUCACUUUAUGUGAUUAUUAUUUAACUUAAGAAGUAUAUGUAUUUUAUAUGAUUGUCAUGUGACUUAAUUCAGUUACUGGUGUGAAAUAUAUCUAGGAAAGAAUUCUAUAAACAAUUAUUUUAAAAAGUAUUUUAGGUGAUUCUGCUACAUUUCUGUUUAGUCUUUUGGAUCAUAUAUCUCUAUAUCUCCAGAAUUCUAGGCAUUGUCACAGGGUUUAUGAGAACCUUUGACUCAAUACCAAUCAUUAUAUUGCAGUGAAACUUAGAACAAAAUCACCGUUUCAGUAAUAACUUCAUUCUCUAAGACACAUUAUGAGACCUCUCCCAUCAUGCUUUGACUUCUAAAAGACCUUUGUACCUAUCAUCUAGAGGAAAAUAUGUAUGAUGCUGUAACUGGUCUACUCAGUGACUGGAAAUAGCAUUAGGAACAGAAGAUCCCAAAGUUUUAGUUACUUAAUUUGCACACACUUUUAAAUCUUGUAUUGGCCUCAGCAAACCCAUUUGGAGAAGAAGCAAGAUACUUUAAGGAAAUGCAAGAGGAAUUCUAAAGCACAAGAAAUAUUGAGGUUGUAGUUAAUCAUUUUUAGUAAACAUUUUAGUUUUUGCCCAUCCAAAGCAGUUAGUAACUAGACUAAAUUCUUUCCAGUAUUCCAUUUAAGUAUCUACUACAUACUGCUCUAGUAUUUUAGUACUCUGUAAUAUGUAUCUUACUUGUGACUGGUUGACAUUGUUACCCACAGGAACUCCAAAAAGUUAUCAAUCUGUGUUACUUGCUGGUCAUUCAUAUGACUCCAGUUAACCACACUAGUGUUCUGGUUUAGUAUUAAUUCUGGAUUGGCAUGCCCUUGUUCUUCAUAAUUUGUCAAAAGUCACAUAAAUAUAUUUUCAAUUGUGAGGUAAGUGUAUAUAAAUUUUAAUAAUGCAUCUGUACCUUCAUAUCUUGAAUGGCAAAAGCUAUUUAUGCUUAAAUAUUUCAUUUUAAGUACUAUAAUGAAGUGUAAAUACUCUUCUGUCAUAUAAUUAAUUGUAAGUAUAGAUUUUAAAGAUAUGGGGCUGUUUAUUUUCACAUUAGUCAGUACAUGUUUCUCUAGAACAAUAUAUUUCAUUUAGAAAAGCUUUAUAAAUUGUAUUAAAAGGAAGCAGGAAACAUAUUUUUGAACAGAACAGAAGUGACUUCAUUCUUUUUUGACAUCAGAAAUGUUAAAAGUUGAUUCCUAGUAUUUGUUUUACUUUUUUGUAGCAAAUGUUAAAUGUCAAAGUUACCAUGUACAGAAUGUAGACUGUCACAUUGAUAGAUUAUACAGUGAUACCUUUUUGUCUGUAGGCAUUUCACCAAUUUAUAUACAAUAUUAUAGUAACAAGUGGAAUAUUUGUUUCUUUCUAGAACAACAUAUUUUAUUUCUACUGUGAAGACUUUGUUAUACCUUAUUUGCUACAAAGUUGUAUACCCUCUGAAAUAGAUCAAAUUAUUGCUACUUUGACUUAGCAUUUGCAUCAUAAACAUAAUUAUGAUGUUUCUUUCAUGCUCCCCUCCAAGGGCUGUCAGUCACUUGAAAUUAUUGCUAACCAAGGUCUUGAAUACGUUUCCAUUUAUGGUACAAAAUUCUGUACCAAUGCUUUAUAACAAUUAUCAGAACUCUCCUGCAGCCAGAGCAUGAAAUCUUUAAUAGGAGAUGCUGCAAUAAAAUAUUUAGGCUAUAAAAUUUGGGGACACAACUUUUCAUUAUAGCACAAUGAGUGUGCAUGUGCACACAUAGCUUUGUAUGUUUGUUCUUUUUACAAAGUCAUUCCAACUCUUAAAAGUACUGUAGUCUAGUAGUGCCUCAAAUGUUGGUAACUUUUUUGUUUUUAAUUUACAGCUUUUCCAGAAUUUGUUUUUGUACUUUAAAGUUUCUCAAUUAGAUUAUUUCUAGUUGAACUGUAAUUUGAAUGCAUUGUUCUCAGGGCUGUUUGUGCUAAGCGCUGAAGUUUCAUUAUUUCAAAGCUAACUGCCUGAAAGUAUAUUGCAAAUUUUUCCCAAAUUGUAAUAAAGUGAUACAUACAAACAAAAAUCCAUAAUAUCAACAUACUUAAACCAUAUACUAAAUAUUCAAGAAAAAAAUGGGAACAUUAGUAGCAUCUAUACUGGAAUCUUGCCAUAUUUUUUUUCUUAUCUUAGACCCUUAUCCUUAAUGAUAUAUCUGAAAGCAUUCCUUUGGCCUGGAACCCAAAGAUAGUUUUAGAGCCAAACUUUGAUGUGAUUCUCAAACAUAUUUAGGGACAACAGAACAAAAAUUCAUAGUACUUUUUUGGGUACAUUAAAAUGUUUACAUAUUGAAUUCUGUAAUAUGAACUAGGAACAAACUUAUUAUGAGAAAAUAUGGCUCUUAAGCAGAAAAUGUGUGAACUAUAAGCAUAUUUCCAUAAACAGUAUAUUAUAUUGAACUGGUCAACAGUUUAAAAUUUUCUGAUAUCAUCUAAGCAAAAUAUUUCAUAGUUUUCAAGCCUUUUUUUCCCCUACCAUUCAGACAAGUAAUAGGCAACAAAAGCUUAAGAAAAAUUUAUUGUGGAAAAUCUUAAAAUUGAGAAAAUUCAAUCUAUUAACCUUAUUAAAUUUUUUUCUCUGAAUUGGGUAUAUGGCAUUAUUUGAUUUUAGCAGGGAACAUUUGGAUUUAGCUUACGGAACACAGAUGUUCUGUGGGAACAUGACUUGAAGUUCUAUAUAAUGUUUUUUCAUUAAAUAACCAUCUGAACAUCAAGGUAACUACCAAGUGAGGUCAAGUGCCUGAAAAGUGCUGUAUACAUCUAAUUAGCACAUUUUCCUUACAUGAAAGAUGCAUCUUAUAGCAAUGCAUAUCAGGCUUUCACCUUCUAAAAACAUACUUGCCUAACUUUACCAUCCACCACUAUUCCUGUCUCCUUAGAACAGGUUGAAACCUAUUUUACAAUUGAAAGAGAGAUUCCUUUAUUUAUAUAAAGUCCCUAAAACUGUGUCUUGAUAUUGGUAGACUUAAGUUUAUCUUAGUUCAAGAUUGCACAUUUUUAAAACUCUGGAUAUAAACUUUAUUCAGUGAUGACUAUACAGCUUGUCAUAAGUCACAGUUGUGAUCAUUCUUGAAAGCAAUUCUUUAUUGUGGUUAAUAUCUACUAUAAAUAAGCACUCUUGUGCUUGUUACAAAGUAUAAUGCAAAUUACUAGCUUUAUACUGUUUUUGUCCUCCUCUCCAGAAAGAAAAUAGUUGAAAUGGCAUUGUCUAAUCCAGUGGCACUUUAUUAGUAAUACAUUUCAUUUGUCAUAGGUAUAAGAGAACUCAUGCUUUUACCUGCAAAGACUCAUAUGUUUUAGCUAAAACUUUAAAAUUGUAAGAUAUGUAGUAUGGGUAUUAUUAUAAUCGUGUAUUUUACAUUUCAAAAAUGGGUAAAAUUAAAAUAUUAAGCCUUUGUCUAUAUUAAAAUAAUUGUGAAAUCCUUUAAAAUGUAGAUGGUAAACUUAGCAAUUAUAAUUUUUGUUACAUUAAAAUAUAUUUGUGUUAACUUCAUCA